AUGUCAACAGCCUAUAUUUGUCCAAUGUGCGUUUUCAAUUGUGACAAUUUACCAGAUUUAGAACAGCAUCUUGAAGCUCAUGAGAAUAAUUCAAUUCAAUCACCUGCUAAACAACAACAAUCAAAUAAAUCUGUACGAAAUAGUCCUCUGUAUGCUAAAUCUCAAUCUGCACUUAAUCUUCAGCAGCAACAACAACAACAAAAUCGUUCUCCGAUUAAUAAUUCGUCGAAACCAUUGAUUUCUUCACCAACUUGUUCAUCUCCAAAUAAAACCUAUGAUAGACGAUAUUCAUGCAAAUCGUGUCCAUUCUCAACUCAUAGUGUUAAAGCAUAUUUUAAUCAUCGACAGAUGGCACACGGCGAACAACUCAUCGUUACUGAAUGUCCAUAUUGUGAUUAUGCUAGUCAAUAUCCUGGUAAAGUAAAAAAACAUUUAACAGAUGAACAUCCAUUACAACAGAUAUCAACUGUCAAAUCGCCAACUCAGUCGAAUCGAACAACACUGCAUGGAAAUUCAAUAAAUAAUACAAUUGAACAAAAUGCAAUAAAUAAUAAUGUUGAAAAAGCUAUAACACGAUUUACUGAUUGUCCAUUUUGUUCAUUUACAUCAGUUGAUUCUGAAGCAUUUCGUAAACAUGUACUUACAAAUCAUUUAAGUGAUAAAAAUUUUCGUUGUCUUGUUUGUAAUCGACUUUAUCGAUAUCGAGGCGAUUGUUCGUUUCAUAUACGUAAGAAACAUUCGGAUCGUAUGAUUGGUGAUAAUAUUGAAUCACUACGUGAAUAUAUUGGCGAAUUUCAGCCUAAUUCAAUGACAGCAAUAGAAUUAAAAGAACUUUUGUCGUGUCCAUUAACACCAUCACUUGCAUCGAUACCAUCGUUAAAUGGAACACCUAAUAAUAUUCGGCAAUCAUCAACGCCAUUAAUUCAAUCUCAACAACCAAAUCCUCCACAUGCUUUUCGUUGUGGUUAUUGUAAAUUUUCGUCUGUUAAUUCAGGUGACGUUAAAAAACAUCAAACGUGGAAACAUGCUGGUUUCGAAUCGAACAUUUUACCUAUUGAUCCUAAUGAUCCUCAACAACAGCCCAUAGGAUGUUAUAAACGAAAAAGAGUUCAUAGUACAAAAUCAACUAGUAAUGAAGAUGAUGGUCAUACUAUACGACGAGCAAGAAUAUCAAUGCCAUUACAACGAGAAUUAAUUGUUGAUACAUCUCAAUCAGCAAUGGUUUCAAUAGCAAACACUGAUAAUGAUCCAGUAUCAGGAGAUCUUCUAUCACCAAAUGAUCCUCGACCACCACCAGUCGAUGGUGAUCAGUUAGCAAUGAAAACAACUAAUAAUCAUUUAUCUACCCAACAUCAGAUAUUUGCUAUUGGAGCAUUAUCAUCUCGUGUUUAUAAAUGUACACGUUGUGAACGCUUAGCACCACAUCGAUGGAUAAUUGAACGUCAUAUACGCGCUAAACAUCCGUCGGAUUCAGAUAAUAUGUCAAAUGUUAUAAUUGAAAUAGAAAAGCCAUUGGCAACAUCAACCAGUGGUGAACCAAUGACAGCAACGAAAUCUUCAUCGGCAACAUCUGAUCAAGAUUCUUUAACUUCAACAAUACCAAAAGCUUUUUCAUGUUCAGCAUGUUCAAUUCAAUCUUAUCAUUUAUGGGUUAUUCUUCGACAUAUUCGAAAUGUUCAUCAUACUGAUGGGUCAAAUGCAAAAAUUAUUGAUAAUAUUAAUAAUCAAAUCAUAGAAGAUAGUGAUGAUCUUGAAUCAGAUACACCUGUUCAUAAUAUAUCGUCAAAUACAAUGACAAUAACGUCAAAUUCUAAUGAUGAUCAUAAUAAUAAUAAUAAUAAUAGCAACAAUAAGUAUAAUGAUGAUAAAGAUGAAACAAAAACUCAACAAAAUAGUUUGAAUAAUGAAGAAAUGCUUACACGUUUAAUAAAUACAGCUAUGACAGCAAGAAAAAUGAAUGCUCCAAAUUCAUUUUUAGAAAAUUUACCUACAUCAUUAAUGAAUAAUAAUGUUGCUGCAACACUUGCUACUCUUCUUGGACAAUUAACUAGUAAGCAAUUAACUCAACAACAACAACAACAACAACAACAACAACAACAACAACAACAACAGUGUCAAGGUGAAAAAGCACCAUUAGCUAAACGAUAUAAAUGCUCACUUUGUUCACACAUAUCUGCUUGGGGAGGCAAUGUUAAAAAGCAUUUGAAACGGAUGCAUACAGGUGAUGAUGGAGGUUAUGUGAUUGAUCUUGGUGUUGAAUUAGCCAAUAGUGGUGCUCACUUAUCGACACAAUUAUCAUUGAUGUCAAAUACAGAAGAACUGGAUGAAGUAGACGAAAAACCAAUGGUUAGUAUGAAUACAACGAAAAUACGACCAACAAAUGGGAAUGGCUAUCAAUUAUACCAAGACUUUUAUCAGCAGUCAUCUGAAAUAGUCAAUACAAAACUAAAAGAUAUUGAUAAUUCUCCUUCAUUUGCUCCAAUGUCAUCAACUAAUUCUUUUCAAUCAACACGACCAGAACGUCUAUAUGGAUGUUCUGUAUGUUCAUUUGAAUGUACCAAUCCAACAAAUAUUCAUCGUCAUGUUGAACUUCAUUCUGGUGAUGAUGGUGGUGGUUUUCAGUGUUCACAAUGUUUUUUCUUAUCAAAAUGGCGAGCAAGUAUACGUAAACAUAUGAUAUCAGCACAUGGUAGUAGUUUAGCUUCAUUAACAAAUGUUCUCGAACCAUUGACACUUGUCAAAUCUCAUGAUGCUACUGUUAUUGUUAAAAAAUGGUUAAUACAUGAAAAUGGUAUUAAACAUGAAGAUGAUCCAAAUAAUAAUAAUACACAUACAAUGGAUGCAUCCAUAUAUUAUUGUUCAUUAUGUCCAUAUACAAAUAAUAGUCGUUUAUCAUUUGAACAACAUGUUAUACAUCAUAGUUUACCUAAAACGAAUGCAAAUGUUUAUACAUGUACAUUUUGUACGUUUAAUAGCUAUGAACAAGAUUCUUUUGAAGAUCAUCAAAUAUUACAUAUUAUGAAAGAAGAUUUUCAACAAGAUGCAACAGCUAAUACUCUGGAAAACACAGUUAUUUAA